AUGGACUCCCCCGUUCUCAACCAGCUGUUUCGUCAGCUAUUCAGGCAUCCGGCCUGCCAGUCCCUGCGAAAUUCCCCUAUCUCAUUACCAAGGGGACAAAGUCGCUCAUUCCUCACCCGGCGCACCCCCGCCGCCAAACGCAAACCGCAAGAUGCUGGCAUGCUUUGGACAAAACGAGGAGACAUCAAUAAAAACAUCGAUGAAGAAUAUCAGACAUAUCCGACUGUCACGGCAAGGGAGCUGCGCAACCGGCGAGAGCGGCCGCGGCAAGUCAAAAUGUUGACGCGCGAGUUCAUCGACGACAGUCUUUAUAACCCGUCUUACGGAUACUUUUCGAAGCAUGCGACUAUUUUCACACCUGGCGAGCCGUUUGAUUUCAACAAUAUCGAUGAUGGGCCGGCUUUCCACAGAAUGGUAGGCGAGCGGUACACGGAAUUCGAAAACAUGCUUGACGAAACCAAGCCCGACAUUGCGCGUCAGCUUUGGCAUACACCUACCGAGCUAUUCAAGCCGUACUAUGGCGAGACAAUUGCGCGGUACCUGGUUUCCAAUUACAAGCUCACCCUCUACCCCUACCACGACCUGAUCAUCUACGAGAUGGGUGCCGGUAACGGUACAAUGAUGUUGAACAUCCUGGAUUUCAUCCGUGAUACCGAUUACGAGGUUUACCAGCGCACCAAGUUCAAGAUUAUUGAGAUCUCGCCGUCUCUGGCCGAUCUCCAGUUCAAGAACUUGACCGAUGCUGUCGAUUCCCGAGGACACCGAGACCGCGUCGAGAUCAUCAACCGAUCAAUCUUCGACUGGGAUACCUAUGUACACUCUCCGUGCUUUUUCCUUGGUCUCGAGGUGUUCGACAAUUUCAGUCAUGACACAAUUCGUUAUGAUUACGAGACCGAGAUGCCCCAGCAAGGUGGUGUGCUGAUCGAUGGCAAUGGCGAGUUCCACGAGUUCUACAACACUCAGUUGGACCCCGUUGCUGCCCGCUUCCUGCGCGUGCGUCAAGCUGCUGCCCGCCGUCCGUUCCCCAGUCCCCUUGGCCCUCGUGUCCUCCGUGGGCUGCGGUCCACACCUCCAUUCCGCAAGAGCCACUCUCUUCCCGAGUACAUUCCUACGCGGCUCAUGCAAUUCUUCGAUGUGCUUAACCAGUACUUCCCUGCUCACCGUCUCGUUGCGAGUGAUUUCAGCUCCUUGCCUGAUGCGGUGCCUGGGUUGAAUGCUCCAGUCGUUCAGACACGGUACAAGAGACAGACAGUACCGGUGACAACGCCGUUUGUUCACCAAGGCUACUUCGAUAUCUUCUUCCCUACUGACUUCAAUGUCGUUGAAGACAUGUACCGUGCCAUCACUGGAAAAUUGACUCAGGUGAUGAGUCAUGAAGACUUCAUGGAACGCUGGGCCUACAUUGAGGAUACAGAGACUAGAAACGGGGAGAACCCGUUGCUGAGCUGGUACAAGAAUGCCAGCAUGUUGAUGACUGUGUAG